AUGGCGCCGGCUUUUGAAGAACCCCUCUCCGAAGCGUUGGAAGCGCCCCUCAAAUCCAAGCCUGAACUGGUUGCCCCCGAACCGGAGCACUGCCCGGGGCCUGAGUCCGAACAAGCAGGCAAAGGCGAUGCCUGCAAUGGCUGUCCAAACCAAGCAAUCUGCGCGUCUGUACCCAAAGGACCCGACCCAGAUAUUCCUAUUAUCACCCAAAGACUAGCUGGAAUAAGACACAAGAUUUUAGUUUUGUCGGGAAAAGGGGGAGUAGGGAAAUCCACUUUCUCAUCUCUUCUAUCACACGCGUUUGCAGCAAACCCAGACUCGACGGUUGGCAUAAUGGAUACCGAUAUCUGUGGCCCAUCAAUUCCAAAGAUGAUGGGCGUUGAAAGUGAAACAAUACACGUGAGCAACGCUGGCUGGAGUCCAGUUUGGGUCACGGACAACCUUGGGGUGAUGAGUGUACAGUUUAUGCUUCCUAACAGGGACGACGCUGUAAUCUGGCGAGGGCCGAAGAAAAAUGGAUUGAUUAAACAAUUUUUGAAAGACGUCGAGUGGGGUGAAUUGGAUUAUUUGAUCGUGGAUACGCCACCAGGCACAUCCGACGAACAUCUAUCUGUCAAUUCCUUUCUCAAGGAAUCCGGCGUGGAUGGAGCGGUGGUGGUGACGACUCCUCAAGAAGUGUCAUUGCUGGAUGUUCGGAAGGAAAUUGAUUUCUGCCGCAAAGCAGGCAUUCGUGUGCUGGGACUGGUUGAAAACAUGUCCGGGUUUGUCUGCCCCAAAUGUACCCACGAGUCUCAGAUAUUCCGAGCCACAACUGGAGGAGGUCAGAAACUAUGUCAGGACAUGGGAAUUCCGUUCCUGGGUUCGGUCCCUCUGGAUCCUCGCAUAGGAAUGGCCUGCGAUUUCGGAGAGAGCUUUAUGGACAGCUUCCCAGACAGCCCAGCUUGCAAAGCAUUACGACACGUUGUGAGGUCGGUCGGGAAAUUGAUUGGUGAGGAUCCCAAUGAAGUUCUUCCCGACGGGCUGGUAUAG